AUGCACAGCAUCAGCCUGACUUCUUCCUCCACUGAGUUCAGUGCCCAACACCAGCCUGACUUUUUCCUCAGCUGAGUGGGUGCUAGCCUCCCUGUGCUGUCUUGCCAUCUCAGCCUUGGGAACCUGAUAGGCAGUACAACGAAAAGGGACAGGCCAAAUGGGAUGGGCAGGUAUGGACAGAUCAUGGUAAAUAGCCCAACCAAAAGGUGUUUCCCAUCCACCUGCUCCAAGCGGAUGAUUCAGGCCCUUCGGGAAGGAGAGCAGGGCAGAGGAGGAGGCCCAGGCUGCACAAGCUGGUCCUCCCCAUUUCAGCGUUUCUGUACCUGGGCUGGACAGAAGAACAUUCUGUGGUCUACACCGCUGGCAACUUCUCUGGACAUAUGAGGGAGCUGGAAGAGCACUCACUCUCUGACAUCCACUGGUACUAACAACCUGUCGGCAUAAUGGAGAGGAGCCUGAAGAAUGUUCUGGUGGUUUCUUGUGGAUUCCUCCUGCUCUUCACUGCCUACGGGGGCCUGCAGAAUCUGCAGAGCAGCCUCUACAGUGAGCAAGGCCUGGGGGUGGCGACGCUCAGCACACUCUAUGCCUCUGUGCUGCUGUCCUCCAUGUUCCUCCCUCCUGUCCUCAUCAAGAGGUGUGGCUGCAAGUGGACCAUCGUGGGCUCCAUGUGCUGCUAUGUGGUCUUCUCCCUGGGCAACUUCCAUGCCAACUGGUACACCCUGAUCCCUACCUCCAUCUUGCUGGGCCUGGGUGCAGCCCCUCUGUGGUCAGCUCAGGGUACCUACCUCACCACCAUGGGGAAUCUGCAAGCGGAAAAAGUGGGCAAGCUUGGCAAGGAUGUGGUGAACCAGUACUUCGGCAUCUUUUUUCUUGUAUUCCAAUCUUCUGGAGUGUGGGGCAACCUGAUUUCCUCGCUGGUGUUUGGCAAGAUGUCCAGGCAAGAGGCCAUCCCAGAGGAGCAGCUCACGUCCUGUGGAGCCAAAGACUGCCUGAUGGGUCCAGCGGCCACCAACAACACCCAUCACCCCUCCCAGCAACUGAUCUACACCCUGCUGGGCAUCUACACCAGUUGCGGUGUCCUUGCUAUCCUGCUGGUAGCUGUGUUUCUCGAGUCCGUGGAAGACAAAGUUGAGAACGAAGGAGAGAGGCAGUCCAGACCACCACCUCUCUGGUCCACGUUACUGUCAACCUUCAUGCUGUUUAGGGACAAGCGUUUGUGCCUCCUGAUGUUCCUGCCACUGUACAGUGGGUUCCAACAAGGGUUCCUCUCUGGAGAGUACACAAAGUCUUAUGUGACCUGUGCCCUGGGCAUCCACUUUGUGGGCUAUGUGAUGAUCUGCUUCUCAGCCAUGACUGCACUGUGCUCCCUGCUGUACGGGAAGAUCUCCAAGCACACGGGCAGGGCCGCACUCUAUGCGCUGGGGGCAGCCAUUCACUUCUCUUGCAUUGUGGUCUUCCUGCUGUGGCACCCAAAGCCCACCCAACUGCCUGUCUUCUUCAUCCUCUCUGGCCUCUGGGGAAUGUCUGAUGCUGUCUGGCAGACACAAAACAAUGCUCUUUUUGGUGUCCUGUUUGAAGAGAACAAAGAACCUGCCUUUGCCAACUACCGCCUUGGGGAAGCCAUAGGGUUUGUCAUUGCCUUUGGAUACAGCUCAUUUCUGUGUGUGAGCACUAAGCUCUACAUUCUCUCGGGUGUCUUGAGUCUGGCUAUGAUCGGUUAUGGGACUGUUGAGUACCUGGAACCCAAGGCUGCUUCCAAGGUCCUUGCUGCUGAAAAGGAAAACCAGGCAGAAGAGGAAGAAAUGAAAACAAAAAUUGCUGAUCACAGAGGCAGGACCACAAUGGAUGAUCUGCAGAGUUUGGAUGGGGUGCCUGCAGAGAUUUUUGGACUGUCACUAGAGGGACAUACUGUACAGGAAAGAAAGCCUUUGAGGACAGAAGAUGAAACCCAAGAGGCUGCCUUGAAGCCACUGGUGUUCCGAGUGGAUGAGAGCACACCUGGGCUGGUACAGAGUGUCCUCCUGGAGCGUGGGUGGGACAAAUUUGAUGAGCAACAUCAGGAUGUAGAGGACUGGAAUCUGUACUGGAGUUCAUCCUCCUUCCGGAUGGCAGAGUAUGUCAAUAUCAAGCCCUGGCAGAGGCUCAACCAUCACCCAGGGACGAUCAAUCUCACCAGGAAGGACUGCCUAGCCAAACACCUGGCGUACAUGAGAAGGCUCUACGGUGAGUCACUCUACGAGUUCACACCCCUGACAUUCGUCAUGCCUAAUGACUACACCAAGUUUGUGGCCAAGUACUUCAAGGAAAAGCAGGAUUUGGGUGCCAAGCCAAGCUACUGGAUCUGCAAGCCAGCAGAGCUGUCUCGAGGGAGGGGGAUAAUCAUUUUCAGUGACAUCCGAGACUUCAUGUUCAAGGGCACGUAUGUAGUACAGAAGUACAUCUGUAACCCCUUACUCGUGGGUAGGUACAAAUGCGACCUCCGCAUCUAUGUCUGCAUCACUGGCUUUAAGCCUUUGACCAUUUACAUGUACCAGGAAGGGCUAGUGCGGUUUGCCACUGAGAAGUUUGAUCUCAGUAAUUUGGAAGACUAUUAUUCCCAUUUGACCAACAGCAGCAUCAACAAAUUGGGAGCCUCAUAUCAGAAGAUCAAAGAGGUAGUGGGUCAAGGCUGCAAGUGGACCCUCAGCAGGUUCUUCUCUUACCUUCGGAACUGGGAUGUGGACGACCUGUUACUGAGGCAGAAGAUCAACCACAUGGUGAUUCUCACAGUCCUGGCUGUGGCUCCAUCGGUCCCCGCCGCCUACAACUGCUUCGAGCUUUUUGGGUUUGACAUCCUUAUUGAUGACAACCUGAAGCCAUGGCUUUUGGAAGUCAACUACAGCCCUGCUUUGACCUUGGACUGUUCCACCGAUGUCUCAGUCAAGAGAAGCCUUGUCCAUGAUAUUAUUGAGCUGUUAUACUUAAACGGCCUCAGAAGUGAGGAGCAAAAGGGUGGGAUAACUUCUUCGGCAAACUCUGUGGUCUCCCUUACCAGGAGCAAUCAGAGUGAGCUCUGUGCGGCCCCCAAUUCCCCUUCCUAUGCGUCUCUCAUACAGUUUACGACGGGCAGUAAAAGCAGCCUCUCUGUCCAGCACAUCUGUCCCAAGCACACCCGAACCUCCCAGCUGAGAGAGAUGAUGAACAGGCAGGACAGACUUCUGACAAAAGAGGCAGCCAAAAGCAAGCCAAGGCACAAGGCUCGGCACUCGCCUCACAAGAUGCUCUCCCCGUAUGCGUCUCAGUCGCAGCCCCACAAGACGAAGGGGCCCACGGGCAUCCUCCCAGAAGCCGGAAGUACACCAAACGAUGUCCUCCCGGAAGCCGGAAGUACACCGAACGACCACGCGGGCAACUUUGUCCUCAUCUUCCCUUUCAACAAGGCUACUUUCGGAGCCUCCAGGAAUGGGUUAAAUGUCAAAAGAAUAAUUCAAGAGCUCCAGAAACUAAUGAAUAAAUAAUUCUUAAGUGGUAAAGGUUAAAAUGGA